AUGUCUUUAAAUCAUAAAAUACUAUUAAGGACAUUUGUUGACAAUGUAGGCUGCUUCAAUCUAGCCAUUAUGAUAGAGGUGCCAUUCUGGAGAGGAGCUAUACUUCUAGCUACAGCGAUGAGCUUCAAAGUACCAGCAAUUCCACGGCUGGCACAGCCUUUAAAGCGACCAUCAAAGUUACAGUCAGAAUGUUUUGACUUACCUUCAACCAACAUAGAUGAAUUAAAAUUGACAAGGGCGAUUGGCAGUGGAAAUUUUGGUAAAGUGUCUCUGUACCAAAAUGGAGAAAGCUAUGUUAUAAUGAAAGAGAUGCUUGGUGACAGUGAAGAUCAUGAGCGCUUGUUUGUAAAGGAAGCGAAACUUGUCAGCUCAAUAAAACAUCCCAAUAUUGUGCACUUUGAAGGGAUUGUAAAAUCUGAAGAAAAAACUGCCUUCCUUAUGGAAUAUGUACAUUUUGAUUUUUCACCUUUUGGACAUCCACAAAAGAUAUCUAAUUUGAAUCAACUGCAAAAACAUUUAGAUGCUAGUGAUUAUGUGGGGUUUGAACACUUUCAGCUUAUUAUUGCAGAAGAUAUCUGCAAAAGAUUGAAUUUUCUUCAUAAAAAUGAUAUAGUACAUCGCGAUCUUAAACCUGACAAUGUCCUUGUGUCAAAUCAGCAUUGCCUGGGAAAGCAAGGCUUAGAUAAAUUUUGGAUGGAAAAGCCUGUAAUUGCAAAAUUAAGCGAUUUCGGAGAGAGUCGGUCACUUCUGGUGCAAACAAAUUCAUUGAUCCACACCAGGACAGAUAAUGUCAAUAGAGUGUACUUGUGGGAGUCACCCUUAGUUGCUGCAAACAAAAAUGAUUCAAAAAAUGUUUGCCCAGCCAGAAACAUCUUCGAGGUCCUUAGUGAAAUAUCUGCCCAAACAACAGCUGGUGCAAGGAAUAGCGAUGCAUCAGAUUAUUCCAAAUCACCUCUAAAUCGAGAUCAUGUCUUGUCAGCAGAAGAUCAGAAGAAUGUUAGUAACAGACUAUCUGCAGAUAAUCUAGGUCAAAAAUCACAGCCAGCAAAACAGUCUUUCAGCCAGUCUCAGCAGCAACAACAACAACAGCAAUUUGUUCAACAAGGACAGCCACAACAGCUGGAACAAUUUCAAACUGGACAACAACAACAAAGCCAGCUAUACAACCAAAUGUCUACUGGUCCUUCACAACAGCAACAAGAUUGGAAGUUCCAUCCCCACCAGUCUGGUGGACCCCAACAAUAUGCUCCACAUCAGUCCAAAGACCAACAACCACAACAACAAAAGUUAGGUGAGAUUUUUUCCCAGCAUCAGUCUAAUGGUCAAAAACACCAACAAUCUGGGCAGGGUUACAGCCAAAAGUCGUCAGUUGGAAGCCAACAACAACCUACUCAACAACAGCAGCAACCAAAUGGUAUGCAACAGCAACCCCAGUCAAGACUGGCUUCCAGCCAACAACAGCAACCAAGUGGUAUGCAACAACAGCCUGGGCAAGUUUAUAACCAACAACAGGCUUACUCACAACAACAAGAACAAAGUCAGCAACAACAGCCUGGUCAAAUGUACAUUCGACAGCAACCUGUCUAUAACCUACCUCAACAACCAAGUUUGAGCCAGCAACAACUCUACAACCAGCAGCAACAAGUUGUAAACAACCUCCAUCAUCAACAACAAGAUCAAGUUUAUAAUAAACAACCAAAUGGCUCACAUCAGCAGCAAUCUGGUCAAAUGUACAAUCAACAGCAACCCACAGGAAGUCAGCAGCAGGAACCAAAUGGAAGUCAACCACAACAGCCUGGACAGACUUGCAACCAGCAACAACAGCCAGCUAAGCAUGUUUCUAAACAACAACCGACUGGCUCCCAACAGCCUGCAGCAUAUCAGCAACAUACUGGCAAUAACCACCAGUACCAUCAACCAGUGUUCUUCAGCCAACCACAAGCUAGUCAGCAACAACUGGAGCAAUAUCAGGUUGGGGAACAACAACAGCAAGGAGGGUUACAGUUUGUCAACUACCAGCAGAACUGCCCUCAGGGCUCAAAGAGUCAGUCCCAGGUGCAGGGGGCUCCGAGUUUCCAUGGGAGCCAAGUUCAACAGACGGGCUUCCCUACACAGCAUGGUAAGAGUCAGCCACAGACUGGUUUCCAACAACAACCGUCAGGUCAAGGUCAAGUUCAAUGGCAGACCGGUUUUCAGCAACAACAACCGUUAGGUCCAGGUCAACCAGCAGGUGUGGCACAAAGAGGUCAGGGGCAGCAGCCAGUCUGUACUCAAACACUGUCUCAGUCUCCAGUUGUGAAACCAGAAGAGUCUCCAAGAUCACAAGGAAUGGGAGAGGAAACAAUAUUAGAUUCACCAGAUUCAAGUACAGAGCUGCAGUCAGGAAAACAAACUGAAAAGUUUCAGUUUUUGGUAGCCUGUACAGCUAAACUAGAUCUACGAAGUCAUGCAAGGAUUUUGUAUGACUGGGAAGGGAAUGAAAUCACAUCACUUGCAGAGACACCAAUUUUAGAUGAUUGUCUGCAGUCAGGGGGUACCUAUGUAUUGGGACCUGUGUGGGUGUCCACUGGCGAAGGCUUCAGUCCGUCAGGCACUAGGGAUUUCCUAAUCACCAUCAGGGAGGUCAUUAAGAAUCGCAUAAAGGAGGCAAAAGUCUUCAGAAAAGAGCUUUCCUUCAUGCAAGAUGGAGAGGAAGACAAGGUCAAGGUCGCUAUCAAAAUUCUGUCUAUGUCUAAAGAAGAGGUAGAGGAGGCUCUCACUUAUACUGACAAGGACAUUGAUCAGUUGAGUGAGACUCUACAGAGGAUAGAGGAGAAGUUGUUGAACCUACAGGAGAUGUUGGAUAAGGAGGAGGAAGAGGGGACUAAUUACAAGAUGAGACAUAUCAAAACACUGUCGAAAGAUAAGUCAUACAAGAUGGUGGGAGUACCAGGACUUAAGCUCAAGGUGCAUGAGAAUGGAACAGUGAAUGCUCCUAGAGAUUUCUAUUUCAACUUACGCAAAGCUACCCAAGGUAGUACGAAGGAGCUCUUGUUAAAAAGAUUGCUGGAUGAGUUAUCGGGUAUGUUUGUAAAUCCACAAAACCCCAAAUUGGCACCCAUAGCCAAGAAAAUCUUCAAUCAGUUUGGACGAGAAGUUACAGACGUGUUCAGUCUACAGACCGAGGAUGAGGUCUGGGUCUCCUUCGGAGAAUCUUACAUCUCCCCAUUCACAUAUGCGUUACAAGUAAUAUUUGAUAUGGCGAAAGGGAAGGAUGUGUUUGGAGAAAAGCAAGUGAUCCUUAGAGAACAACUGAUGCCAGAAGACAGUUCUAAAGAAGGCAUGGCAGAUCAUGAGAAUUACAAAGCAAGUAUAGGUUUCCCGGCUGUAUACGAGUACGAAGAGUGUAAAUAUGAAGGUGAAAGGGCUCAAGUUGAUCAAAUGGCAAGCAUGGCAGAGUUGGAUCCUCGGGGACACUUUCUACAGUUCAUGCCAGACCCCAAGAAGGUAUUAUACCCAGAAAUCAUAAUGAACCACAAGUUACCUAUAGGACAUAAAGAACUCUGGCCGACUGAAUCACAGAUUUGGGUUGUAUCAAAGUCUGGCUUUAUCUUCAUAAAACCAUUCCCCCAACUGUGUCUUGCUGUGACCGAGGUGAAGAUUGAGACAAACUUGACUGGCAAGGAUACCAAGGUAUCCGGCUAUGUUGUCUCACUACAGAAGAAGAUGAUUGGCAAUCCGCACCAACUCUGGACGUUCAAUCCUGAUGCCACGAUAUCAUCAAAGGCCUAUUCAGAUAUGUUACUGACAUAUCUUGGUAAGAAAUUUGGUGAGGAAUCAGAGGACAGUGCUCAACCAGAGGGACUGAAGCCAGGCAGCCGGGUGUAUAUGGUGGUGACUGAGCCCCUUACCAAGAAAGACAAAACACUCCAAAGGUUUGCGCUGAAACAAGAGAAAAUUGGAAACCUUGGACAAUGGAAGUUUAAUGAUGCUACAAACCCAGAAUGGAACAAACAAGCAUUGUCAUGGCCCGUGAAAGCAGAUGGCUCGCUCAAUAUGGAAUACGACUGGCCUAUGGAGGGGUACAUUCUGCCGUUUGCUCCAAAAUUACAUAAGAAGGAACAAGCAGAAGACGGCCUAUUUGGAAUGACUCCCCUUAGAUUACUGGUGGUGCGGAACGGAGAGAGGAACCUGCAGAUGGCUGUCCCAGUGGUUGGUCCAAAUCUCACUAAUUUCAUGAAAGAUCUAUCUAAAAAGCCACCAAAACCAGACAAGAAGAACCGUCGGCGUCAACAGGAAGAAGCAAUGAUGUCGCAACAAGAUAACACAACAGAUAACAUAGAACUUGAUGUUAAUCUUCACUGUCGAGAUCUCUCUGUCAGGGAACUCGAAUUCAGCAUGUUCCUCGACCAUUGCACAUCACUACUCAGUCUUCCAUUUGCUGGGCGGCGACUGUUUGAUGAGAACGGUAACGAACAUUUCUCAUUGAAAACAUUGAAACGUGACCAGCUGGUGUAUGUAUCAUGUGGAGAGAUCUGGACCGACCCUCAUCUCACCAAAAUGGAACAGCAACGACGAUACCUGUUGUCUCAGAUAUCUCAGGAUGUUGCCAAGAUGAGACAGUAUGCUGCGCUGAGAAACCCCGAAAAAUAUGUUCUGCAAGUGGAUCCGAGUAUGGCUCCGGGUGUACCUGUCAUCGUGAACCGACAGUGGUCCAAGGAUGAUGAUGACGUAGAAAUAGAAAGACAGAGUAUGGCCUCAGGAAAACCACCAAGUGUCGAUUCCAACCCUCAAUUACAGAAUGUGGAGGAGAUGGACGACACUGAAAAAAGGUUCAAGUUCCACCUGAAAUCGCAUGAUAAAUCUGAACAGCGUUUGAACAAUCUGAAGUGGCCGUGGGAACGACUUGUUAACGUUAAUAACAGUUUUGACAAUGAUCCUGAGGCAAAUAAGUUUACUGACAGGGAGAUGUAUGAGAAAUACAAACCUAAAGCAGUAACAAAGAUUUCACGAGAUACGCUACAGAGGUUUGUGUAUGAAGAUGGUUAUAUUGCGCUGGCAAAUAACCGCCAGCUGGUGCUAGGUGUGUCAGAGCCUGAGGGACGUAUUGUCGAAGUUCAUCUAGUAAAGAGAAGACCAGACGAUAUAUACCAGCAGUGGCUUAUGAGAGAAAAUGGAGAAAUUCGUCCUAGACAUAGUCAACAAGCAGUGCUCACAGUUUCCAUGCCAAAUAAUGAACCUUUUGCGGAAGAUGAGGAAGGUCGACCUUUGACCUUCUUUGGGUGCAAGGUUACGUUGCAGAGUCGUAGAACUAACGAGUUUGGUAAAGCUCACCAAAGAUGGAGAUACGAUGCUGAAACUGGAUUUAUUCAUGCAUUUUACGCAGAUCUUCCGGACAAGGAGAUAACCGCUGCCAACAAGGCCGAUGUCUGUACAUACGCUAUUGCAAACACUUCAAAGAUUGACCAGCCAGGCUAUACAGCUGAUGUCCCAAUGCAAACAUCAACUGACAGGGCUACAUUGAAACGCAUCAAGGUUUGCAUGUCUUGUGCACGUGCUAUGAGAGGCAGAUAUAAGAUUUCAAAACUACCAGAAAAUACACAGUUUUCUUGUGCAAUGGGCAAUGCAAAGAAGUUAGGACUACAGCAGAUUGGUAGUUUCAAUGUUGUUAAUGGUAAAGUGGAUCUGUCUGCACACGAGUAUGAACUUACAUUGCAAGAAUGGGAGGAAAAAUUGGCUAAACUGUCUGAGGAGACCAGUGCAAGGGUGAUAACGAAGGAAAUUAAUGUAGCAAAGACAGUGCAGACUGUAAAAGUGCUAGCAUACAAGAAUGGAGAGGGUAGGAUGAGACCAGGGGAGAUAAUUUGUGGUUCCAGCAUAAUUGGUAUACUGAACCAGUGUACUCUGCGACUAGGACUAAACCAGGCGGCAGUACGUAUGUACACGGAGGACGGUACAAUGGUUGUUGAGAUAGAGGACCUCAUUGAUUGGGCGAUACAGAACUACAAAACCUUGAUGGCGGAUCAUCUGGAAAAACUAUACCAGGGUAAACAAGAUGAGGAUGAAAACCUGCAGCGAGGUGAAGGGGAAGGACAGGAAAAGGAAGGGGAGGGGCAAGAUGAUGUGGGAGAGGGGCCAGACAAAGGAGAAACAGACGAUAAGGAGGCAGAUAAGACAUCUCGACAAAGAGAAUAUUUGCUUAGUCAAGUACGUCUACCAUCAGAGGAAACUAUCCUUCGCUAUCCGAUAGAAAUAUGGGUAUCCAGCGGCAAACCAUUUGUUCCACCAGAAGUUGUUGAGUCCAAGAUGGAGAACAGAAAGAAGAAGAGGGCAUUCAGGUCAGCCGUGUCAGUCGAGUUGGACAUUGAGAAACAUGUACUCCGGCAAAUGAAAGGAAGAAGACUGGAUGAAUUGAGCCCGGGAGAGUACAAGGGUACAAAGAACAGUAAUAAACCUGUGAUAGUUGAAGGUCAUUGGGAGGAACCAACUGCUGAGGAACAACAAAAACAUGACACUGUACAUAAACUACAGGAGCAUCUUGCUGAAGUGAAGAAAUACCAAAGAGAGAAAACAACUCCGUUGGUGUUAGACAUGAGUAAAAGCCUUUACAAACAACGAGAUACUAAACGUAUACUUGCUUAUCCUAAUGGGGAAUCUGUUGAACGUGCUACAUACAUCUGGGGUGAAAGUUUCCAACAACUCCUUGAUAGUGCUACAAUGAGGCUCAAUCUUUGGCAACCUGCCAAAAGGUUCUUCACAAUGGAGGGGAAAGAGAUAACGAAAUUCUCAAAAAUACAGAAGGAUGAGUUGGUUUGUGUAUCAACUGGUAAACCAUUCAAACAGGGACAAUCUAGUAGACUGGAUAUAGAGAUCAAGGCAAACUGGUCACGUGCACACAAACAGUAUGGUCCUACAUCUACAGAUGUCCAUGUUGAAGCACCAGCUAACCCGAAAGUUAAUGUUGAUCCAUUUGGACCCCCGGCACUGGCACUACCCUUGACCAGUGGUGAUCAAGGAACCCAAAGUACAACAAGGCCCCAGACUGCCAAGGCAAAGUAAUGGAAAAGUACUGACAUACUAGCCUCUGAGGCAAAGUAAGGAAAAGUACUGACAUAGCUUCUGACGCUAAGUGAAAUGUUAAUGGGAAACAGACUUCUGACUUAUCAGGGUAGAAAGUAGAAUGUGAAUAUACUUUAUGUAGAUAAAUACAGACAAGUAAUGCAUGAGUGCCAAUCUAGAUGGCUGUAGGACGUUUGUAUGAGAACAUUGUUAAAAAAAUGUUGACAUAUCAUCAGCAGACAUGUCACAAGCAGAUGCUGACAUAUCAUCAGCAGAUAUUGACUUACAUUUAGCAGACGUUGACAUCAUCAGCAGACAUUAACUUAUUAUCAGCCAAUAUUGACAUAUCAUCAACUGACAUGUCACAGUCAGAUCCUGACUUAUCAUCAGCUGAUGUUGAGCAGAUUGACUUAUCAUCAGCAGAUGUUAACAUAUCACCAGCUGACAAUAACUUAUCAUCAGAAGGCUUGAUUUUAAAGGAGUUACUGAUAAUUUAUUUUUGAGAAUACAAUGAAUUUAGUGGCUUAUACAAAUACAUUUUCAGUAUUGAACUAAUGGUUGUUUAUGAUGAUCGAAUUCAUUUUUUUCUAUUUUACAAAUACUCUAUGUUUGAAUGACAGUUGAAUUUCUACCAUUGUUAUUUAUUGUGCAAAUUGAUAUAUAAAAGCUACUUAAUACAACUAGUUUAGUUGUCUAUUUUUAGCCCGUUGUAAAUACAGUGUGUUGUAUAUGUUGAAAUUGUGCUAGAUACUAGUGUUCAAAUUGAAUCGAAAUUCACAAUCUUAUAUUCUGUGAUAUAUUUCUUAGAGAGCAUAAUUUUAUUAUAUAAUGUGUUUUGAAAUGUUUUAUGCUUUAUUUGAAAACACUUUCUAACGUUGUAUUUUUAAUGCCUUUGUCAAACUGUUUUAUCUAAUUUUUUUGCCAUAGAUAUUAAUAGUAAUUCCAUACUUUUAUACUAUAGUCUUUAUAUGUGAAUUCGAUAACUGUAAUUUCAUGCUACAUGUGCACAACAAUUCCAAGUUGUUAUAAUUUUACAAUGUUUUGUGAUUUUUCAAUUGAAGUGUCUAACACAAAGUCAUAUCUUCAUAGUUUUGAUAACUUUCCUCAAAAUGAUGAAAUUCGAGAGAUAUUGUUUGAUUUUGAUAUAAAUACAGUCCUUGAAAUUAUCAACAUAAGAAGUGUAGAAUGUCUGUAUUUUUAAGGUACAUGAAAUAAAAUAUAAGUAUCAUGGAAAAAAUUCAAGGGUCUAGGUAUUAAUGUUAAUUUCAGAGACUUGUAUUUAGAGCACUUGUUAGCUAAUCACAUGAUUUUACCAUUCUGACAUGACAAAACGGCUCAGUUGUGUACAAAACUGUCAAUAUAUUUUUAUGUUUUUGAAGUUUAUGUAAAUCAUAAACAGGUGUCAACUAUGUUUUUGAAUAUUCUGUCUUAUGAACUUUUAUGAUUUAUUUAUUAUUAUAUGUGAUAGUAUUUAAGUUUGUGUAUUGUUUUUACAUUUUGAGCAGUUUAUUUAUAUAUAUUUAUGAUAGGCCAACAUGUAGUGUGAAACUACAUCAUUUAGUAUAAAUGAAAAGCCAGAAGCAUUUUUUAAUUAUAUUGCAUUAGUCUAAAUGUUAGUCAAAUUCAUCUUUAUAAAUCUCAUUUACCGGGAAUUUCUUUACAUUCCAUGAAGUUUGGAUCUUUUAUAAAUCUCAUUUACCGAGAAUUUCUUUACAUUCCAUGAAGUUUGAAUCUUUUAUAAAUCUCAUUUACCGAGAAUUUCUUUAAAUUCCAUGAAGUUUGAAUCUUUCAUAAAUCUCAUUUACCGAGAAUUUCUUUACAUUCCAUGAAGUUUGGAUCUUUUAUAAAUCUCAUUUACCGAGAAUUUCUUUACAUUCCAUGAAGUUUGGACUAUAUUUACAAAGUUUUUUUUGACCCUCCACUCACAUUAUACAUUCUGAACUAUUUUUUGUACACAUAAACAAAUCUGUCUCAGACAUUUAAAUGUGUCAUUAUGAAAUUGUAACAUUCCGUCCACCAUGUACAUUUAUUGGAGUAAAAUAUUUAUUUUAUCUAUGUUGCUUAAAUAUGUUUUUUGUGCAGUUUAUCCUAUAUUUGUCUAUUUUCCAUGCCUAUGACUGCAAUAAUGCACGAAGGGGCAACUGUAGAUAUUCCUCUACCUUCAGAAGUUUUAAAGUCCCUGUUUGACCUAUAAUUAUGUCGUUUAAAAUUAAGGAAACAUUUUUAAUCUUUUUUCUUCCAGUUGUCAAAUAGUAAGCUUAUCUGUGCUAAUGCAAACAGUUUAAUAUAACUAUGUUCACAAAUUUUCGAGGGCUGAGCACGAAACUAUUUUAUCUUGUUCAUUAUACAUGUAUUCAGUUACAAUAGAGUUCCAUGCUCAGCUAUUAGUAUGACUGAUGAUAAAUGUUACCCAUAGAAAGUACAUUGUGAUUCAGCGUACCGUUCCUUCUGGCAGCAUUUCUUGGACUUUAUAUAGAUCUAAUAUCAAAUAAAUAAAAGUCUUGACAUUUAUUUGUUAUGUAUCCUGGAAAAACUCAAGUUCUAAGGUUUAGGUUUAGCUUUUAUUCUAAUGGUUUCGAAAGGUUUUGUUGUUUUGGGCACAUCAUUUUAGAAGUUAGGAAACCUUUUUUGAAACUUUAUAUUUCCGGUUGUCAAAUGUUUCAUGCUUGUGUUAGAAUGGGUUGUGAUAGACUGUCUAUGGUCACUUGUGAUAGAUGUUUUUGUUAUGAAAUGUAGAAAUUAAAAUAUGACUAGAAUAAAACUUAAAUGAAUUAAA